UAAGAUGAUCCGUAGGAGUGACUCCCGUGGUAGUUAGGCCGGAGUGUGUCCCAUAAGGGCACAAGAUCCACGGCUUCCGUGGCAGGGGUUGGUCUCGUGCUUCAACGGAGUGGGGGUUGACGAUUGUGGUAUAGGUAGGGGUGGUUAGAGGUGCGGUUGGAAGAGCGGGGGAAGCUUCAGCUCGUAGUCAGCCGGCCGAAGAGGAACUGGAGGGAGCACUGAGAGCUGAGCGAACUUGCCAGACGAGUUUCUACCGAGGUUCGACGUGGAGACAAGAGCACACGUCGUUGUACUGUGCGUCGAAAGAACAAGACAUUUAGACGUAGCUCAAACAAGGUUGAAACGUUUCGUGAAUUUACUUCAAGCUAACCGUGUUAGGUUUUAGCGUUAGUUAGUAGUGAACGUUGCAAUCGUGAUUACGCAAGAACGUUUAUUUAUAUAUCCACGUCCUGUUUAACUGUGCGAGAAGUAAGUCAAGUGAUCAAGAAUAUCUACGAGUUAAUAGUUGUGUCAAUUCUAGAAAUAUUUUCUACGUUCAUUCAUUGAAAUUUCUUCGAUCGACAAAAGAAGGAUUAACGGAAUAAAUUGAAAAUAAUAAAACGAUCAAGAAAAGAAAAGUCGUUUUGAUCGAAGAGGAAAGAGAAGAAAGAAGUUAUAGCACCUGCCGCAUUUGGUCUCUGGCGGCGCCACUCACGUGUUGCAUGCGUGCCGGGCUAUCCAUCAUGGUCGCGGACGCGAACCAACUCUGAUUGGUUGAACCAAGCUCACGUGGUAUGGUAAUUGAGCCGGUGGGCGGGAAGGAACAGAAGGGGACCGCGGUGGAGCCGCUUCGCGGUGGAUCUCAAAAGUGGCGGUAGGAGAGGAGAGGAUAAGCCGCUGUCCAUCGGGAGUCCGGUGUAACUCUUCGCGGCCUUGUUCUUUUCGCCUUUUUCUUGUCUACCUCUAUCUCUUUUUCUCUUUUUCUUUUUCUAUAUUCUUUCUUCCCUUCUUAUUUAUUCUUUGAAGCCCCUUUUUCUUCCCUUCACUUAUUCCCAGCUGUGGAAAAAGACGUAGGUUUCUAGUUUCUUUCUCUCUACAUAUCUUUCUCUGUAUUUACCCUUCUCUUUCUUUCCUCUUUUGCCCCAUUUUUUUUCUUUCUCUUUUACGUUCCAAAGGACAAGGUAGGCAAGUACGGAGAAUGUAUAGCUGUGCAGUGGUCAAUGUGCAGUCGUGAAAAUGUGCUUCACGUUUGAAUGAAACGUUAUAUACCUAACUAUUAAGUGUUCGAGGAGACGAGACUAAUUUACUCGGUGAAUAUGUGCACGGGAAUACAGAUUUCUUCGUAAAUUUUGUAUCGUGCUACAGUGAAAGAAUAUAAUGACGCUACAGCUCGGACAUUCAGUGUAAGGAACUCUGACGUUUACUGUGAAUCCUGAUAAAGGAAGCAAAAGUAAUUUAAGAGGAAAAGAAAUAAAAACAAAAGAGAAAGAGAAAGAGUAAGUAAAGGAAAUUAAGAAGAAGAGAAAAUGAGCUCUUUCCUAAUGAAUCCAUCCGCCGGCGGUGGCUAUCACCACCACCAUCAGCACCAACAGCCCGCGGGUAGUCAUCAUCUUGCUGCUAGUUCGGUUAUGGUUGACCCAAAGUUUCCACCAAGCGAGGAAUAUAGUCAAAGUAACUACAUACAAUCUACCGGUGCAGAUUUCUUCUCCGGUAGUACCGCAAGCCACCAUCUCAAUCAUCCUCAGUCCCACCAGCUCCAAUAUGGCUAUCACCAACAUCAUCAUCAGGCUGCUACAACGCCUUACGGAGCAUCGUCGGCUGUACAAUUAAAUGGUGGAUAUGCCGGAUACGGAGGAUAUUAUGGUCCUCAUCAUCCGCAUCACCAGGUUCAUGCUGUUCACCAUGCAAGCUUGCAUCCUCAUCAUCACGCUGUUGGUGCACUUGCAAUGCCACCGGAAGCACAGCAACCACCUCACACGUGUCCAUCUUCGAUGCAAGCACCGCAACAGCAACAACAGCCACCGGUCACUGCGUCGACCGUUCUUGGAUCUACUCCUUUAUCGCCGUCCAUUAUGCAAAAUCAUGUGCAACAGCAAGAAGCUAUGCAACAUCAACAUCAACAACAGAAUCAGCAACAACCGCACGACGGUAGCGUCUGCAGUCCAGCAGGUUCUGGGUCAUUACAUAGAGACAACUCACCAGAUCUUCAGCAACAAUCGACUCAACAAAAUCAGCAUAUACAAAAUGCACAACAACAACAAUCGCAACAUCAACAGCAGCAUCACGUGGAUGAUGGAUCCGAUCAAGAUGAUGUUGAGGACGAUCAGAUGAUGGACGGCUCACCUGGUAUGAUGGAGGAAGAAGAAGAUGACGAGGAAAAUGGAGACCGUGUCAUCUAUCCAUGGAUGAAAAAAAUUCACGUUGCUGGAGUUGCAAAUGGUUCUUAUCAACCUGGAAUGGAACCAAAGAGGCAAAGGACUGCUUACACACGACACCAGAUUUUGGAGCUCGAAAAGGAGUUCCAUUAUAACCGUUACCUCACGAGAAGGCGGCGGAUCGAGAUAGCACAUACAUUGGUACUGUCCGAGAGACAGAUUAAAAUUUGGUUUCAGAAUCGAAGGAUGAAAUGGAAAAAGGACAACAAGCUACCGAAUACAAAAAAUGUUCGUAGGAAGAACGCAAAUGGUCAGGUAGCGGCAACAGCAACAACAACAAAAUCAACGAAGGGAAGCAACAAUAGAACGAAAAGUGUCUCUGUUGCUGCUGCUGCUACUGUUGCAUCAGCCAAUGGAAACAACAAUAAUGGACAGAGAAAGAACAACAACAAUUCACCUUCCAGUGGUUUAGAUGGAAACAAUUUGGAUAGUGGAGUUGGCCUCGAUAUGGGUGACGUUCACGGUGUCAACUCGUCUCUUCCUCAUCCGAACGUAGUACAUCCGAGCUUUCAAGGUCACCCUCAUCCUCUCGCCCACCUUCAAGCACAGCUGAGUCACCAUCACGUUGCGGCUGGAAUGAUGGACGGUCCAACAACGAUCGGACCAACGAUCGGUUCUACGAUCGGCCCUACGAUCGGUCCUACGAUCGGUCCUACGAUCGGUCCUACGAUCGGUCCUACUGGUGGACCAAUGGGACAUAUGUCUUCCGGAAGCAUCAGUCCACUUGAACCAGCCACCAGUCCUCCUGGACUUUCUCAAGUAUCGUCCUCUGUUGUCCCACCGCCACCGAUAAAAUCGGAUUAUGGACUGACUGCUCUGUAACACCCGCUUACUGAACAAUAUCACGAUCAUCGAAUUUACACUAUUGGUGUCUUCGACUACGAUCUCGCAGUUGGAACCUGAACUUGAUUACUCAUUUCGAUAUUUUCUGACAAUUCUUUUAAUUUCUUCAAAUUAUAUUGUCUCUUAUUUCAUUUCAAUAAUUUUUCUUAUCAUCUCCUCUGAUUUUUUACAGCAGAAAUCUUAAGGUUCGUAUAAAAAAUUGAUCAAAUUAGAAAUAGUAUUAUUUUCUAAUUUGAUCAUUAUCUAGUUGUUUUUUCAAAAUAUAAACAAUGUUUGGGCUGGGUAAUUAGUGUGGAUUUAGUGUGUGAUGUUUAUUCAUAAGAAUUCGAUCGGAUUAAAUUUUUGUAACAAUAAAAAUGUUUUUUACGAUUUUUGUUUCCGAAAUUAACUUUAUAAUGAAAUUGAUAAAUGUCAUGAGAAAUAUCGAAAAAAUGAUAUUUUAAAAUAAGCUAUUCAUUAUUCAAUUUAUUGUUUCCCUUGAAAGUGCCAUCGUGCUUGUAGUCAACUACACUUAAAAAUAAGCUUGUUUGUUGUUUGAUUCAGUGGUAUCCGAAUUAAAUAUACUUUCUAAUCAUUUCCAUGCAUCUCAAGAAAUGUGACAUUACUUAUGUAAAUGUAUAUAAAUCUAGACAACAUAAUUGUACAUAUUCUUGUAAAGAAUAAUUCUAAUAUCGAGUGCUCGAAGCAAAUGAUCUAUGUUCCAUAUAUUCUUAUUAUUAUGAUUAAUUAUUAAUUAUUGUAUGAUUGUAUGAUUUUAGCAUAACAAGUUAAACAUCGUCAAAUGAAUAAGAGAAUGAAAAAUUAAUUAUUGAUUGUUAUUAUUAUCAUAGGGACGUUUGCUUUAACUAGAAUUAGAUAAUAAAUAACCGGUUCUAAUCUUCACAAACAUAACGAAAAGUAUGGCUUCCGAUAAGAAAUUAUGCGAAUCUAUGUUCAUUAAAGUGGGUCAUUUGAAAUCAAAUAAAAAUAAAGAAAUGAAUAGAUAUAUAUACAUGUAUAUAUAUAUGUAUAUAUAAAAGAAAAUAAUUAAAUAAAAGAAAUAUUAGGAUUAGGACAAAGCAGCAAAAACGUUCAGUAAUUAAUAUACAUAGUUUAUCUAAUAAGAUAAUAAUUUUGUUUUUCUUUUACAGAUAGAAUAAAAUCGUAGAAGACAAUUUAGCAUUGUUUAAUAAGUUUUUGGAAAGAGUGCAUCAGUUCAAGUAUUGAAUCGUACUGAUGAUAAGUAACUCUUAUUUCAUAAAACUUAUUAAAAAAUAUAAAAUAUCAAACAAAAUUAUAUUCUAACUUAGUUACUAGAUAAAUCUUGUAUAUUUAACUACAAUACGUUUUUAAAAUUAUUUAUUUGAAAACAAGACUCGAUUCUUGAGCCUAGAUUCGAUCGAUCAAUACAUCAUCGUUGUCUUCGCGUUGUCAGUAAAAAAAACCUUGAAAACCGUACUGAUAGCGAGUUCCAUGAAUGCUCAUACUUUUAAAAGCGAUAUACUCCAUCGAUUCAAAAUCGUACGAAUUUCAAACGUCCUACCGGGUUAUUAUUUUCUGAUAAUAGUUACAUGUCUUACGUUUCGAAUAAGCUCUUUGUCCAUGUAAUUAAUUAAACUUUCAAUAGAAAAAAGAAGAAAUGAAAUAACUAGAAAAUAAUAUUUUCUUCUUCUCCUUGCUUCCAAUCAAAAUUCAUGGAUCAUCUCUCGUUAUGUAGAAUUAAGUAAUCUCUCAGUUGUAAAUACUAAUUAGAAUAUACAAGAGAUAGUAUAUUGUCUAUUUUUAUUGAAAUGACACGAGGGAUCGACCAAUAACGAUUAGGACGUAAUUGUGUGUUCGACGAAACCGAAAAAUAAACAAAAUUAUAUUGUUAUUAUUAUUAUUAUUAUUUUAUUAUAAUAUAAAUAAUAAUAAUAAUUAUUUUAUUAUUUUAUUAUUUUAUUAUUAUUAUUAUUAUUAUAUGAGUAGUAAUCAAACGAUUUAUGCACAGAGUUGCUGUGACGAUAUACCAAAAUAAUACUAAAUAAUAAAUAGUCGAUAAACAAAGUAGAUCAUAUAUACAUGUAUUAAAAAACGU